AAGGAAAAGCAAAGAUAAAAGUAGAAAGAAUUGGUUUUGAUUUGAUUGCUUUGAAGAAGCAAUCAAUCAAAAUUAUAUGAAUUGCAGCAGAUAAUGGUUUGUUUUUGCUCUCAGAAUGUGAGAAAUUGGAUUCACGCUUGUCUUCACGAUUACGAUAGGCUCCUGGAUGUCGCUGUCAUCCUCAUUUACAUCCAAAUUGGAUGCUCCUUGAUCGGAUCCCUUGGCGCACUAUACAACGGUGUGUCGCUGAUGAAUUUGGGGAUCGCAUUGUUCGCUUUGGUUGCUAUCUCGAGCAGCAGUCAGAGCUUGGGCCGUACCUACGCCGUUUUGCUCUUCUGCGCCAUUAUUCUUGACAUUUCUUGGUUCAUCCUUUUUCCCCGCGAUAUUUGGAACAUGUCCAGCCAGAGUAAAGGGAUGUUGUUCGUCUUCUCGCUCAGAUUAACGCUUGCCAUGGAGAUCUUGGGGUCUUGCGUAAGAUUCUUAUCGUCCCUGUUAUGGAUUCAAAUAUAUAGACUGGGAGCUUCGUAUGUAGAUAGUCGUGCUAAUCCUCGAGAACCUGAUUUCGAUAUGAGAAAUAGUUUUCUGAACCCACCAACUCUACCCAAUUCCAGACAGCGCUCUAACAGUGAUUCUGAUGACGCCUUAGGAUCUUAUUACUGUCCUCUUUUUGAAGACCGUCAUCAACGCAGUAAAAGUCCAUUUCUGGGUCAUAAUGAUAGAGGUAGUCGAAAUGAAUCUCCUGGUACUGAAAGUUCUUAGCUAAACCGUCGCCUGUUGGGACAAUUUCUGGUUAAUCAUGUGGAGAAUGCUGCAAAGGGGCCCGACUCAUUGAAUUCAACAACUUCUGUAAAAAAAAGAAAAAAGAAAAAUCAGCUUAGUAUUACUGAUUUUGGUUUU